UGAUCAAGCUAACCGCUAACUCCUCGGAAGUCGGAGACUCACUACCAAAAAGUCAUCCGGAUCCAGAAAUGUUCUAACUGGAAAAGAAGCUGUAGCAAACUAAAGUUGUACCGACUUUUUUUUUUUUCAAUCUCCUUUAAACCAAAUUCCGGAUCUGUUCCAGGAUCCAGCAAACCAUAAUUUGGCAAUGGUAAUGGAGCUACAGAAUGGAGACAUCGCCGUUUCCCUAUCAGCGUCAGUGGCCUCCGCCAUGGCCAGUCUCCUCCCUCUCGCUUCCGUUUCUCAACAGCCUUACGUCUCCGAGCUCCUCUCCUUCACUCUCGAUCGCCUCCAUAAGGACAUAAGGAACCGGAGCUUCUUCGAGUUGACACGGAGAGGAUUCAGAGGCAAAUGCUAGAAGUGGCGGUUGGUAAUUAUCGCGCUUUCAUCUCUGCUGCGGAUGCGUUGGUUGCGAUCAAAGAGGAAGUACCUUCUAUCAAUAAGCAUCUUGAAUCGAUGAUAACUGUGAUCCCAAACCUGACAUCCGGUUGCACAGAGUUUGUUGAAUCUGCAGAACAUAUCUUGGAGAAGAGGAAGAUGAAUCAGACUCUGCUAGCAAAUCAUAAUGUGUACGAAAUGGCAAUUAUGAUGAAGCUCUGGACUUGGAAGCAUUUGUUUGCAAGCUCUCAACCUUGCACCCUAAGGGUGGGUUUGGAUGGGCGCGGUGCGGUGCGUUUAGCUUACUUUUUGUCUCACGCUACAGCAUCGCUACAGUAUCUAAUCUCACCGCCUCCGUUGUUUUUACACUAACCGUUAAUAGGUAAACGCACCGCCCAUCCAAACUCACCCUAAGUGAGUUAACUCCUAUUAUUUCCUUGUCAACUUUAGAAGACAAUUGAGCGAGCUUUGCUUUUCCCUUCUUAAGAAGAUUACCUGUUAUUCAAGCAGUGGCUGUAGAAGUUAGGCAGACAACCCCAUCGCUGCUCUCUCAGCUUCUCCAGAAGCUUCGCUCUAAUAUUCAGGUAUUUAUUUGCAAGCAAUGAGUGAAAUUUUAUUUUACUUGGAAUUUAGUGAAGUACAUGGUCCAUGUAUUGCAGUUACUGGAAUGUCUUCUAAUUAUUGGAUAUUUACGCCGAAUAGGAGUGUUUGGCGAGUAUGAAAUGCGAUUGCAGGUAACUUUUUGCACAGCUA